AUGAACAAAUCACCUAGAUUCUACAGGUUGCCUAGCAAAAAACUGGUAUUCUUGAACGAAUUAAGUAAGUCACCAAGAUUAUCAUUAAUUUGGCAGUCUGUUGAUUCAAGAUGUAUGAAUGCAACAAAAACCUUACCCAUUGUUAUACAGACCAAACAGGAGAUUUUCAACCAGGUAGUCCAGAGCAACCCAGAAAAACAAGGAGUUUCUUUAAAAUUUAAACAAUUUAUUGCCUACGGAAAGGCAAUUAUCAAUUUCUACAAAUCGGGAAUCAAAAAUGUGUGGCAGAAUCAGAGUAUAUUAAAGAAGCUAAAGCAAGAUUUUUAUUUGACUCACGUCGCCCCAUCAGGACAAGAAAUAAAAAUUAGGAUUCCAUCCUUUAAAAAAUUAACGGAAGAAAUGAGUCAAAGAAUAUAUAUGAAUAAAGUAGAAUCAGAAACUUUGGAAAAAAUGACUAAAGGUGAUAUUAAGAGAUCGAAUGAUAUGAAAACUCAUUCUAUUUUCAACUUGACAAGAGAGCAGUUUCAACUUUACAAACGUACUCCAAAUGACUAUUACAAAAUACCAUUAUUUGCACUUGUGUGCUUGAUAUUUGAGGAACUCACUCCUGUUUUAUGUUAUAUGAUUCCAGAAAUAACGCCAUCUACUUGUAUAUUACCCAACAUCCUUCCUCGGGUCUGGAAUCCAAACGCAAUCGGUAAGAUGAAAUCACUCAAUCAAAACCUAGACGAGAAUAGUAUGAUUGAUUUGUCUUUGAAAACAAGCUAUAAUUUGGACAUUGAGCAUGUUCGGUUGCUAUCUCAAUCAUUGCGUUUAGUAUCUCGGUAUAUACCCCCACAGUUUUAUCCUGACGGAUAUUUACGUGAUAAACUACAAGACUACUACAAUUACAUAGUUAUUGACAAUUUUUAUUUGUCAGGCUUGAACGGAGAUGGCAACAUGUGGAAUCUCAACGACCAAGAGCUAGUGUUGGCUUGUUUAGAAAGAAACCUUAUUCAAAAUAUUGUCUACGAUACCAAAUUGUUCAAUCAAAUAUCCGAUCCUAUCCAAAAACAAAUGUUUCAGGACAAGUACAUGGGUAAACUAAGAGUUAAACUAUUCCAAUAUUUGGUGGAUUUUGAUAGUUUUAAUAUUGGAUAUCUUGCUGUGAAUCAUGCCAUCCCAAGGGAAGAAGAAGUAAAUGUAAUUGCAUGGAGGUAA